AUGAACAGUUUGAUGCUGGCGCGCAGGACCGUCACUGUCCCCUCUAGGAUCCCGUGUGCCUGUCAGCUUCGCCCAUACGCCGCCAAAGCAAGCGUCAACACUGCCAUAGCCAGAGGGCUUCGCAAGUCAAAAGGCGUAGGCUUCAGAAACACAUCGUCCGAUCAUCCAAAUGUCCCACGCCCGCACCCGCAGGAGCAGAAGUACGGGCAAGCGAGAGGCAUUCCUCCGCACAAUUCUCGGCGGCAGAAAAACGAUGAGCGGGCGACAUAUGGAGAGCUGAGGGAGAGGGAGAAGGAGAAGGAGAAGGGAGAUCGCUUCCCAGACAAAGCUUGGAGGGCCAAGGGGGAGAAGGCACAGGCACAGGUUAGAACGGGUACACGAUCUUACGAUGGAAAUACCGCAGCAUUCUCUAGAACAGGCACCAGAUUUGGCCGUUCUUCGGGCGAGGCCAAGUCUCGAGAGAGGCGUGGCAGAUUCGAAGAAGAAGGCAGUGGUGCUUCAAUCUCUACGAUAUUCGAUCAGGGCUCUGAUCGGAAAUAUUCCAAGGAAGCCGAGGGCCCUGGUCGGCCAGAGAGAGCCAGAUUUGGGAAUAGGGGAGACCCGGGCAAAUUGGCAUAUACCGGGGACCGAAAUGCUGAUCGUCCAGCCAGGCCUUCCAAGUUUCGAACCCAGUCAGGUUCCCGUCCAUCUGACCGCUCUCCUCAGCUGAAAUUCCCUCAAAGACCAGAAGGCUCUACCCCUAAGCCAUCAUACCCUUCGCUGUCAUUUGGGCGCAAGACUGGAGACUCGCAUUACGGAAAUAGUAGUUCCUCUGCCACCACAAGCUCGAAAUCUCGAUCCAUCUCUGAACGAGAAGCCUCCCACCACAAACUCUCUUCUGAUCGAAAGUCCUUCAAAGAUUCCGAAAGUACCCCUAGCCGGCCUUUCAGGGAAAAGACGUCUUCGGGAAGCCCUUUGCCUCAGUUCGAGGGGAGGUCCGUCGGCCCGGGCAGCAGAUCGGACAAGCAAGAGCGUAGUGGAAAGCCUUUCGAACGAGGCUCCAAUUGGGGCGCGAAAAGGCCUUACGAGCAACGCCAUGGAGAUUCUGCAAAUAGCCAACCUCGCAGUAUGCACAUUGCCGACCACAAAAUACCUCUUUCUAUACCAUACACCACACCUGCCUCGGAAUUUCUCUAUGGAACCUCUGUUGUCGAGGCGGCUUUGAUGUCCCGCAGGAUACUGAAACGCAAGCUAUACAAACUCUACAUCUACACAGGUGAGAAUCGUGAGGACGCAAAUCGGGACUCCAGACUCCAACGACUGGCACGAAAGAAUGGCGUCGACGUGGUUCGAGUAGGCAACGAAUGGGUUCGGCUCAUGGACAAAAUGAGCGCUGGACGUCCACACAACGGAUACAUUCUGGAAGCAUCCCCCUUGCCCAGACUUCCCGUCACUCAUCUGGGGGAGUUCAAACCCGCAUCUGAAGAGCAGCAAGGAGGUUUCGAGGUCACCAUUGACUAUCAAUCCCGAGAAGAAGCUGCAGUCAACGGAACGGAGAACUUUAUCAGAGUUGCGAAAUCCACCUUUGGACGCAAGCCAUUCGUUCUCUUACUUGAUAGUAUCGUAGAUCCCGGGAACUUGGGAGGUAUUAUACGCACAGCUUCGUUCCUCGGAGUCUCUGCCAUCGCCAUCUCAACGCGCAACAGUGCAUCUUUCACCCCCGUCGUUCUCAAAGCCUCCGCAGGUGCUUCCGAGAACGUCACCUUGUUCUCUGUCAACAAACCCUCCGGUUUCGUCGUCGAUUCAAAGGCAGCGGGAUGGAAGGUCUUCGCAGCUGUCGCUCCUUCGAAGCGCGAUGAUCCUCAUAUGCCGAAGUCAAUUUCAACGGAUUGCUUGGACGACCCACUGUCCGAGUCCCCUUGUAUACUUAUGCUAGGAGGUGAAGGUGAAGGCCUUCGCUGGAAUCUGAGGAGCAAAGCCGACGUCGACUUGUAUAUCCCGGGAUGUGAUCAAAGCUACACUGUUGACAGUUUGAACGUUAGUGUUGCUACUGGCAUACUAUGCAAUUCUUUUCUGCGAAAGAAGAUCGGAAACUCAGCUAAAGAAGUAGCGGAUGGCGAGGCCGAAAGUAGACAUACAACCCCUGCUUUAUCGGCUUCGGGUGAUUUGUUUUGA